AUGGCGACAUAUGAGCCAAAGAACCAUGCUUCUAUCACCAGUGCGGGUAGUACGCCCCUCCAAGAACAGGAUAAUCGGCGUCUUCAACAAAUGGGAAAGAAAUCACUUCUUAAGCACAGCUCCAGAGGACUUAUACCGCACUUUCUUAGCGAAAACUUCGGCAUUGUCUCAAUCUUUGGUUCCAGCUGUACUCUUCUCGGUACUUGGGAAGGUCUGCUUGGCACCUUUAUUAGGCCUCUAGAGAAUGGCGGGCCUGGUGGGACUGUCUAUGCCUUCGUUUUUGCAUGGGUGGGCACUACAGCGAUUUUUGUGGUUUUGUCGGAAUUGAUAUCGAUGCAUGUCAGGGCACCCACUGCCGGAGGGCAAUAUCACUGGGCUGCUAUGCUUGCCCUAAUCAGAUACCAGAAGUUCCUCAGCUAUAUCACAGGUUGGUGGGCUGUUCUUGGUUGGCAGACUGCCCUUGCAGUGUGUGUCUUUAUGACCGGAACAAUGAUCCAGGACGCCGUGAUCCUGGGAAACAGUCUCUAUAAAUUAUUAUCUUGGCAAGGUACUCUGGUUGUUUGGGCGACACUAAUAUGCGCAUUGCUAGUGAACCUGGUGGGUGGGAAACUCCUGCCUCGCAUUGGGUCUGUCCUUUUGGUUGUAUAUAUCCUUGGAUUUUUCAGCAUUAUGAUCCUAUUAAUCUGCCUCUCGGACCAUAAGCCAAAGGAAGAAGUAUUCUUACAAUUUUUCAAUAGCGGGGGAUUUAGCACACAGGCAUUAUCUUGGUUCGUUGGUAUGACUAGCUGUGCGUUUGGCUUCGUUGGAGGUGAUGCCGCUGUCCAUAUGUCUGAAGAAGUUGCAAAUGUAUCACGCAUUAUCCCGCAUGCUUUAAUAUUUAGUGUUCUACUGAAUGGUUGUCUCGGCUUCGGUAUGCUGAUUGCCAUUCUCUUUUGUGCUGGUAACCUUAAGGGUGUGUUGAGCUCUACUACUGGGUCCCCUUUUAUGGAGAUAAUCUAUAAGGCUACGAGCUCACUGCCUGGCUCACUAUUUAUGUGCUCUAUUCUAAUCAUCAUAUACUGCUGCUCGCUUAUGGGUCUGCUCGCGGCGGUAUCUCGUCAGCUUUGGUCCUUCUCCCGAGACAGGGGAGUUCCGGGUUGGCGUUGGUGGAGUCAGAUUUCCUCGUUCCAGGAGCUACCAGUCCAGUCUAUUAUUCUUACAGUCGUUGUCAGUGCGAUGUUAGCUCUCAUUAAUAUUGGUUCCUCUGUUGCCCUAGAUGCUAUUGUGUCAAUGGCAGUAUCUGCCUUGUAUCUCUUCUAUCUUAUGGUUUUAAUUCUCCUUCUCUACCGGUGUAUCAGGGGUGAUAUCUCCCUAUAUAACCAUAGUGGUGACGACGUUGUCAAUGCGCCCGGUGCGAAACUUGCCUGGGGACCAUUCCAAUGCCCGGGUGUCUGGGGUAUCGCGAUUAACGCGUUUGCAAUCGUGUACAUUAUGAUUAUGCACCCGAGCGUCAGGAGUAUGAACUGGAGCGUGCUCGGUACAGGGGGAAGCAGCUUUCUUGCCGUCGGAUACUACUUUGCACGUGCCAGACAUAUCUAUACUGGGCCGAUCAGGGAACUCUAA